GCGGAGCCAAAUCCCGGUCUCGCACCGCGCGCCGCGGCACGCGUCGAAUCGGAUCGCGUGAACAUGGGACUACAGGGGCCAGACGCCGUAUAAUUCCCACUGGACAGUGCUGGCCAAAAGAUGCGCCGUCGACGCUUACGUGGCCGCCCAACGUCGUCCUUCGCCGGUCAGGUCACUGUCUAUGACGGAUCCUCAGUUUGGAACGGUUCGGUGCUCCGCGGUGAUCUUAACAAGAUCACGGUAGGGUUCUGUUCUAAUAUUCAGGAGCGUUGUGUUGUUCACGCGGCCUGGUCAUCGCCUACAGGACUUCCCGCUGAGACAUCCAUUGACCGCUAUGUGACGGUCGGCGCAUACAGUCUCUUACGUUCAUGCAAUAUUGAACCAGAAUGUAUUAUCGGUCAGCACUCAAUUCUCAUGGAAGGCUCACUGGUCGAGACCAACUCAAUCCUCGAAGCUGGCUCUGUGCUUCCUCCAGGACGUAGGAUUCCAACUGGUGAACUCUGGGCUGGUAAUCCUGCAAGGUUCGUUAGGAAACUGACUCAUGAAGAGAUAGUAGAGAUCCCGAAGCUUGCUAUUGCUAUUAAUGAUCUCAUGCAAAGCCAUUUCUCGGAGUUUCUUCCUUAUUCUACUGUUUAUUUGGAGGUGGAGAAAAUGAAGAAAGCUUUGUCAAUUCCUAUUUAGAAAGUUUUUUUUUUAAUUUUGUGAUGUGUUAUUUAAGAAAUAAGAAGAUCCUGAGGGCUGAGCCCAAACGUAGUCCAUCUACAACUGUGUUGUUGGCUGGAGAUGCAACUUGUGAAUUUUUGUGGACUAUGGAUGUGUACUAGUGUAUCUUUCGUUUGUUUGCCAGGAAAAGUGGAUGAUUUAGUGAUUUCUAUUUUCAGA